UUGUUUUCUAACCUUCUCGGAAACGCAAAAACAAAAAGAAAAGAAAAAAUAAAUUUCUUGCAAUUGAAGGUACCUUUAAUCGUGGGCUUCUUCUCUCUUUGGUUUCUUCUCCGUAUAAUUAAAAAAACCCAUUUCCCAACUUUCCUUUGGGUGUUCGUCUGGUGAGGUUUGGUGAACGAGAGAGAGAGAGAGAAGAAGACAACAAGUACGGUCCUUUGCUUCAAAUGGGUCGCGAAUCUGUGGCUGUGGUGUCUUCGCCGCCGACGGCGACUGCGACUGCGAGGGGUACUGCUACUGUUGCGGCGACAUCGCUUGCUCCUGGGUUUCGAUUUCACCCGACUGAUGAGGAGCUCGUUAGCUAUUACUUGAAGCGAAAGGUUAUGGGUAAGCCCGUACGUUUCGAUGCGAUUGGGGAUGUUGAUAUCUACAAGCAUGAGCCUUGGGACUUAGCAGUGUUUUCGAGGUUGAAGACAAGAGACCAAGAAUGGUACUUCUACAGCGCGUUAGAUAAGAAGUACGGGAACGGCGCUAGGAUGAACCGAGCCACUAACAAAGGCUACUGGAAAGCCACCGGAAAAGACAGAGAAAUCCGCCGUGACAUUCAGCUGCUCGGUAUGAAAAAGACACUCGUUUUCCACAGCGGGCGUGCCCCGGAUGGGCUCCGCACCAACUGGGUCAUGCACGAGUAUCGCCUUGUGGACUAUGAAACUGAAUCCAAUGGAAACCUCGUGCAAGAUGCAUAUGUGUUGUGCAGAGUGUUCCACAAGAAUAACAUUGGGCCACCAAGUGGGAACAGAUACGCGCCAUUCUUGGAAGAGGAAUGGGCUGAUGAGGGAGUCGCUCUGAUUCCAGGAGUAGACGUUAGGGUCAGGGCAGAGCCGCUACCAGUAGCUAAUGGAAACAACCAGAUGGACCAGGAAAUUCAGUCAGCAAGCAAGGACCUCAUUAACAUCAACGAGCCACCAAGAGAGACUACCCCAAUGGAUAUCGAAGUUAAUCAUCAGAACCAUCAUGAGAAUGCCCCUAAGCCGCAGGAGAAUAACAACAAUAACCAUUAUGAUGAAGCUGAGGAAGCACUCAAACUUGAGCAAGCGGAAGAAGAUGAGCGUCCUCCUCCUGCAUGUGUUCUCAACAAAGAAGCUCCAUUGCCUCUCCUUCAAUACAAACGAAGACGCCAAAACGAACCCAACAACUCAAGCAGGACCACACAGGAUCACUGUUCGUCCACAAUAACAACCGUCGACAAUACAACACCAACUUUAAUCUCAUCAUCUGCUGCUGCUGCCACCAACACCGCCAUCUCUGCAUUGCUUGAAUUCUCUCUCAUGGGUAUAUCCGCAAAGAAAGAAAACACACCGCAACCUCCUAACAAGGAAGCUUAUCCUCCUGCUCCGCUUCCAUCUACUGAAGAGAAGCUUAAUGAUCUCCAGAAGGAGGUUCACCAGAUGUCUGUUGAGAGAGAGACGUUCAAGCUUGAGAUGAUGAGUGCAGAGGCUAUGAUCAGUAUUCUCCAGUCGAGGAUCGAUGCACUGCGCCAGGAGAACGAUGAGCUGAGGAAGAACAACGCCACCAAGGGACAAGCGGUGCUCUAAAACCAACUCUUCAGGUUUCUUCUCCUUUGCAUUCUAGCUGUAAUAUUAUGAGCUAUCUAUGUAGCUUCUUCAGACGGAUUGAGAACCAUGUGAGUCUCUGUUGUAAAAUUAGGAUAAACCGGAUCGCAGCCGCUGAGCUGGGUGUCUUUUUUCUUUCUUUCGGAUGUUUAAGCAUCUUUUGCGAACAUGGUCAGGUUGGUCCAUUGUCAUAUAUUAUCUAUCAUGCUCUUUUCAGACAA